AAUAACAUUGUGAGAUUACUUAUAUUGAGUAAUAUCUUAUUUAAAAUGGCCCUGUGUAGUGCUUUAGACUGCAAAAAUAAAGGCGUUCACGCUUUCCCUAAAGACCCAAAGCGUAGAAAGGCUUGGGAGAAAGCGUUAAGAAUCAAAAACUUUAAAGCAAAAGACUCAUCGCGAUUAUGUUCCAUGCAUUUUACAUCAGAUGACUAUUACGGACAAAGUAUAUACACAAAUUACGAGCCGAAAGCGAGAUUCUUGAAGAAAACUGCCGUACCUUCAAUAUUUCCAUUCAACGUUUCGAGAUUAGAUACGGCAAGUGCAACAGCCCGUCAGCAGCGACUUGAGAUGAGGUCUCAGAAAAAGUUACGGUUUGAAGAGACUGUAACCCCAUCAACAAGCCACCAACCAUCUAUGAAUAAAGAAAGAACUGUGCCCCACUCCAUGGAUGUAGAAAAAACUGUAACUCCAACAUCAAUAAAUCAAGAAAGUACAGUGCCAGUCUUCAUGGACGUUGCUAGUGAAAUAGAAAUUAGUGCGGAUAUAAAUGAUUUUACAGUGCCUAUUUUAAAUAAUCCUAAAUUCUCGUCUAAAGAGACGCAAAUUGACAUGGAACAUGUAUUUGGAACAAUACAUAGAUUCAAAAAUGAUGAUAAAGCAAUUAAAUUUUAUACAGGCUUCGAGUCUUACAGGAAAUUCUAUUUUGUUUACUCAACUUUGAGUCCUAUGGCCCAUAAAAUACAGUAUUAUGGUAGUUCUGUUAUUUUGCUCAGUACUGAAGAUCAGUUCUUUUUAACAAUAAUGAAAUUAAGACAAAAUAAAUGUAUUUUUGAACUAAGCAAAUUUUUUAAUGUAAGUACUACUACGGUGUCAAAUAUAUUUAUUACCUGGAUAAAUUUUAUUCAUCAACUCUGGAGCAGAAUAAACAUAUGGCCUAGUAAAGAAUUAGUUCAAUACUACAUGCCUCAACAUUUCAAAGAAUAUAAUAAAAAUAUUCGAGUGAUAUUAGACGCUACUGAAAUAGCUGUUCAAAAACCAAAAAACACCACUUCACAGCAAGCUUCAUGGAGUAGUUAUAAACAUGCUAAUACUCUUAAAGUGUUAGUUGGUGCAACUCCUGGUGGACUGCUUACUUAUUGUUCACAGGCUUUUGCGGGCUCUAUAAGUGAUAGGCAAACUGUUGAACGAAGUGAUCUCUUAUCCAAGUGUCAAAGUGAUGAUACUAUACUAGCCGACAGAGGAUUUACUAUUCAAGAUAUGUUUGCAGAUAAAAAUAUAACCGUGAAGAUUCCUUCUUUCCUAAAGGGAAAGUCCCAAUUACCAGGUUUGACAGUCAUAAAAGAUAGAGAACUUGCAAGUAAACGUGUUCAUAUAGAAAGGAUUAUAGGUUUGACAAAAACCUACAAAAUAUUAAAGUCGGAAUUGGAUCACAGUUAUGUUCCAAUAGCAAGUAAAAUAUUUUUUGUUUGUUUUAUGUGUUGCAACUUUAGAGAAUGUAUAAUGAAAAAAAAAUAA